AAUUGAUUUGAAUCAUGGGAAUUUCACCACUUCCCCUCCCUUCAUUUGAUUCGAAUGGUAUCCAAGGCAAUGAGGAAAUGUCCGAGUCCAAUGGUUCCUUGUGGAGCAAACUUUUGGAAGCACCGCCCAAGAGAAGGUUGAAAGCAAAGAAGCAGAGAUCAGUCGCAAGGAAAAAAGUAAGGCGUGUUAGGUGCAGAAGGCCCAGAAGUAUUGUGAUGAAGAGGAGGCCACAUUCAGAAGGUUCCAGAAGGCCCAUGAACCAUAUUGAACAAAAGGUUAAAACCCUAAAGAAGCUAAUUCCAAACAACGACUCCAUGGGCUUGGAUGGGCUUUUCAGGGAGACAGCUGAAUAUAUUUUGUCAUUGCAAAUGAGGGUCAAAGUCAUGCAGAUUAUGGUUAAGGUUUUGACAGGUUCCGAUGAGUGAAUAGAUGAUAUUC